GGGCUGUGUGGAGGAAGUGAUGUCACACCCGGUCGUCUCAGAUACCCUCAGCCAGUUCCAGAGCGUGUUCACCGCUCUGUUCCUGCCGCCCGCUCAGAGGAAAGGCUCGUACCUGCACCGCGCUCAAAAGCUGCUGCAGGCCCUGACCAAACCGGAGCAGGCGAGGUUAAAGUCGUGGGCUCACACCCGACCCACCUGGAACUCUCUGUACCCCUUACUCAACUCCCUCAGCAAACAUAAAAGUCUGAUCUGUGAAAUAAUUAACGAGAUAAACGACGAGAGCUUAAGCAAAGAGGAGACUGCUUUGGAGCUGUGCGGCAGCUACCACGCUAACUCCACCUCCAGCCCGCCAUCAACGAGCCUCCCGACGCUGCACUCCGAGUGGAUAAUGGUGGAGGAGCUCUGUCUGGUCCUCAAACCUCUGGACGUGGCCUGUCGGACUCUGGCCAAGGAGACCUUCCCCCGUCUGUCCCUCGUUAAACCCAUCCUCACCGGCCUGCUGUCGCGCCACCUCAUACCGCGGCCGGGCGACUCCUCGUCUACCUUGAAGGAGGUGAAGAGGCUGAUGAGGCGGCACUUGUCCAGCUGUUACGAUAACCCUGCGGUGAACAGGGUUCUGAGUGUGGCGUGCUCCCUUGACCCCCAGUUCCAUGGACUGGGCUUCAUGGACGACAGGGAGCAGGCCGACACGUUUGUUUGGCUGAAGAAGGAGGCCGUGAGGAUAGUGAAGGAAAACAGCAAAAAGAACUCGUCUAAGACGCAUCGGAUCAAGAGAAGCUCCUCUCCUGCGUCGCCGGAGUCCGAGAGCGAUACUGUGCGGAGGAGCAAACGACUGAAAGAAUGCCCUCCGAUCAACUUCAGAGAGCUCAUAGUUGAAGAUGAAUUUAGUGACGCCGGAGAGGGAGACACCGACGAUUGCGACUAUGUUGAACCAGUCUCUGAGCCCGGGCUCUCCGGUAUGGAGUUUCUGCUGGGGGACCUGUUCUGCUCACCGCCCAGAAGCAGGCUGAGCUCCGUGGAGGAGUCCGUGGACGUCGAGAUGUCGGUCUUCAGAGCCGACAAGGGGGCUUCGCUCGGCGUAGAGCCCCUGCAGUGGUGGAAGAUGAAGGCCGUCCAGUUCCCCCUGCUGGCCUCGGUGGCGCGGGCCUACUUGGCCGCCCCGGCCGUAGCAGGCAGCGCCGCUCUGGACUUCGUGCAGGAAGGACUGGGAACCACAAACAGGAAGAGAUCAAACAUCCCACCUGAGAGUUUAGAUGCAAUUUUGUUUCUGCAUCACAAUCGCAUUUCUUCCACCGAGAGCGGGCCGGCAAGCAUGCCGGAGUGACGAAACGGAAAGCUUUGACUAUUUUUUUUUUUUUUUUGUGCAUGUUCAACCUUUUCUAACUUUACCCUCUUUCAGAUGAAGACCAAAUCUAUAGAUCGUCAUUUUAAAAUGUAGAACUAGACGCAGGAUACAAAGUGCAGGACCUCUGCACUUUUCAGAUGUAGUUUUUUAUUUUAUUUUUACUCUUAGGUUGUUUUUCUGUCUGAAAUCUCUAAUCCACUCUGGUUCUGCAGCUAAGUCCUAACUUUAAAACUGCUUUGCCGUAGUUUAACCGAUGCAAUACUUUUUCCCUCGAGGUUUGUUUUACUACUGAUUUACAUUUUGUGUCCAGAACACUGUAUUUCCAAGUGCUAUAUUUCAAUAGUCUCUGACGACACCUGAUCUAAAGCGCGCACACUGAUGAAAGAUUUCAUGUUGGCGUAAUCCACCGUUUGUCUUUAUUUAUUUUUUUAUCAAUCGCCAUCAAGGAGAAAGGUCGUUAAAGCAUUUGCAACUGUCGGUUUGACAUAUUUAGCUACAAUCUGGUAGUAGCUGAGAGUCAUCCUCAGCACGUACAUGAAGUGCACAUCUUUGCCUGAAAUUUGGGCAUCAUCUGUCGGAGUCAUUAACUGUCUGUCAGCAAAAUAUCUCUUGAAACUUUGAAGAGAGUUUAGUGAAACUCAGAAAAUAAUCACAACUCCUGGAAUCACCUCCAUUCAAAAUGACGGCCAAAGCUAAUCCAAAAUCGCUGUUAGUCAGAUUACCAAAUAUUUAGCUGACGUUUGUUGUGGUAGUAGCUGCGAGUCAUCCAAGGUUUGACCAUAUUUGUUAUAAAAUAUUGGACGUGAAUAUGUGGCAUGGAAGGCGGCGGGUGAUAUGCAUUCCUUUGAGGGGACGAUGGGAUUUUUGUUGUGACAAUUAUUUUGCAGGAUUAGCUCAAACUUCAGAAUCAGAAUAAGCUUUAUUGUCAUUGCACAGAAGUACAGCGAGAUUAUAUUCCGUACAGUCGGCGUGCACGUGGCUGCAGCUUCUAGGAGUGCGGCCCUUAUUCUUUAGAUAAAAGAGGAAAGACCAUGAGGAUAGUGGGUAUUUAAAAAAAAAAAAAUAAUCUCCACACCUUAUCCUUGUCAGGACAAGAUUUAAGACAUAAAAACUACCAGCAAGCACAUUUAUAGACGGAUUACAUAUUUAUACAUAUGCAUUUG